CUCUCUGUCGCUCGCUUUCGCUCUCUUUCUGCGCAUUUUCUCUCUCCUUUUUCUACUCUCUCUGCAUUUUCUCCCAUCCCUUUCUCCUCUCUUUUCUGCUUCUCUUCGCGGAGACGAGCUGCUGGGAAAUCUUGUUGGGAGCGGUGGGUUUUGGGCGCUGUGAAAAAUUAGGGUUUUUCUUUGCUGUUUAGAGCUCUAUUUGCGCUGCAGAAGUCGAUCAAUUUGAGCGAUUUGGCAACUGUUUUGUUGGGUUUUGGGACUCGGGAAAUGUUGGGGCUUUGUUCGAAGAACGUUCUCCCGCCGGUGGGUUCUUCAGUUCAGUGACGUUUGGGUGUUGCAAGUGCUGAUUUACAGGGUAGAAGUUACUGGUGGAAUGCUUAAUGCAGGUUCGUCUCUUGCAUAUCCUUUUGAACCACUGACUAAUCUGGCGGAGAUUCCAAAAUCGAGUUGUGGCCAUCUGAUUGAGCUUUUUUUUUCCUUUGAAGACUCUGGGAAAAGGCCAUUGGACAAAAUCUCUUUGUCCUGAGUGUACUGAGUGGCAAAUAUAUUCAAUGAUUUUGCGUUCACACUAUUUUAAAUACCGUUAAACAUUGAUUGUGUCAAGUAGUGGGUUUUAGUUAUUUUCAUAUAUUUGUUACACUAGCAUGCCUUCUUGGUGGGGGAAGUCUUCAUCCAAAGAAGUAAAUAAGAAAGCAAAUAAGGAAAGUUUUAUUGAUACAAUACAUCGAAAAUUUAAGAUUGCAUCUGAAGAAAAGUGCAACGGUAAAUCUAGAGGGUCUUGGAGACAUCGUAGUGAUGCUGUUUCAGAAAAGGUAUCUCAUUCUCGAGUGCCAUCAAGGUCAGCAUCGCCCUCUGCGCAUGUAUCGCGUUGUCAAAGUUUUGUUGAGAGCCCUCAUGCCCAGCCCCUUCCACUACCUGGGCGUACUGGUGCUGAAACGAAACCUGUAAAGCCAGGAUUUGACAAAACUUCCCAACCAUUACCUUUUUUACCACUUCCAAGACCUGGAAAUGUUCCAAACAGAGCAGACCUGACUGAUACUGUGGGAGAUUUGGCCACUGCUUCAGUUUCUAGUGAUAGCUCCAUUGAUAGUGAUGAUCCAUCUGAGUCACGUCUUCUUAGCCCCCAAGCAUUUGACUAUGAAAUUGGGAACAGAUCUACAGUGAACAGCCCUUCCAGCAUAAUGCUCAAGGAUCCAUCCCCUGUUGUCACCCAAAAGAUAUCAAGAGAGUCAUUGAAGCCAGCUAAUCUUUUGUUCAAUAACCAAAUUCUCAACGCAUCUCCAAGACGUGGUCGUUUAAAAGCUCCCAUGCUGAAUUUGCAGAUUCCUCACCAUGGCACUUUCUUUAGUGCUCCAGACAGCUCAAUGUCAAGUCCUUCUAGAAGUCCAUUGAGAGGAUUUGGCCCAGACCAAGUUUCCAACGCUUGUUUCUGGGCAGGAAAACCUUAUUCAGAUGUAGCUUUGCUUGGAUCUGGUCAAUGCUCUAGUCCAGGCUCUGGUCACAAUUCUGGGCAUAACUCAGUUGGGGGAGAUAUGUCAGGGCAGCUAUUUUGGCAGCACAGCAGGUGUAGCCCCGAGUGUUCUCCAAUACCUAGCCCCAGAAUGACAAGCGCUGGUCCCAGCUCUAGAACACAAAGUGGUGCUGUCACCCCACUGCACCCACGAGCUGGAGGGUCUGCCAUAGAGUCACCUAGUAGCCGGCAAGAUGAUGGGAAACAGCAAAGCCACCGGUUGCCCCUUCCCCCAAUAACAAUUUCUAAUUCUUGUCCUUUUUCUCCACCAUAUUCUACAGCAACAACUCCAUCAGUCCCAAGAAGUCCGGGCAGGGCAGAAAAUCCAAUUAGCCCAGGUUCCCGCUGGAAGAAGGGACGUCUGCUAGGGACAGGCACAUUUGGACAUGUGUAUCUUGGUUUCAAUAGUGAAAGCGGUGAAAUGUGUGCAAUGAAAGAGGUCACACUGUUUUCAGAUGAUGCGAAGUCAAAAGAAAGUGCGCAGCAGCUUGGGCAAGAAAUUGUUCUAUUAAGUCGUUUGCGGCAUCCGAAUAUAGUGCAGUAUUAUGGAUCUGGGAUGGUAGAUGACAAACUGUAUAUAUAUUUGGAGUAUGUAUCUGGUGGUUCCAUCUAUAAACUCCUUCAAGAAUAUGGACAAUUUGGCGAAAUAGCUAUUCGUAGCUACACACAACAAAUUUUGUCAGGGCUUGCUUAUUUGCAUGCAAAAAAAACCGUCCACAGGGAUAUCAAAGGAGCAAAUAUACUGGUAGACCCCAAUGGCCGUGUGAAAUUGGUUGAUUUUGGGAUGGCAAAGCAUAUUACUGGGCAGUCUUGUCCUUUAUCUUUCAAGGGAAGUCCUUACUGGAUGGCACCUGAGGUUAUAAAAAAUUCAAAUGGUUGCAAUCUUGCUGUUGAUAUAUGGAGCCUUGGAUGCACGCUUUUGGAAAUGAGUACGGCAAAGCCUCCUUGGAGCCAGUAUGAAUGGGUUGCUGCAAUGUUUAAGAUUGGAAACAGCAAGGAUCUUCCCACAAUCCCUGAUCAUCUCUCAGAUAUUGGCAAAGAUUUUGUGCGGCAGUGCUUGCAACGCAACCCAUUACAUCGUCCUACAGCUGCUAAACUUUUGGAGCACCCUUUUGUGAAAAACGCUGCGCCACUGGAAAGACCCAUUUUGAGUUCUGAGCCUUCAGAUUUACUGCCUAUGGGAACAAAUGUUGUGAAAUCCCAGAGCAUUGGACAGGCAAAAAAUAUUUCCUGCUUGGAAUCAGAAGGAGUGGCUGUGCAUCAAUCUAGGGGGUCAAAAAUUGGUUCUGGGUCCAGGAAGGAUAAUUUUUAAAUACCCAAUUCACCCCUCCUCUUGGGAAUAUACCAAUGACAACAGUUACAUCUACAACUGAAUCGGGGUUCAUGGUAGAAGCCGAAGCUGUCACAGACAAUUUCAAGCAUUGUUUGGACUUGAUUUUCGUCUCCAGUUGCUAGACGGGAGGCGGUCCCAACCUAAUGUCCCAAGAUCAAGGUGGAGCAGCGGGUUCAUAUUUUCAGUUUCUUCUAAGGGGCAUAUGUUUGCCAAGGUGGAGCUUGUUGUGAUAUGCGGCUCACAUACAGAGUGGAAAGCAUGCACAAAGGGAAAAUAUGAAGGAAAUCAAGGUGAGGUAGGGGAAACCAUUGACGGUAGCUCUCUAACCUUAGAUGGUUUGGGGUAGUGUCAGAUAAUUUACAUUAUGUCUGAAACCGUUGAUGGUUUGACUCAGGAUACCCAGCGCAGAAGUUGGGGUUUGGAGGGAAAACCUCUGAGAACAUUUUAUAUAUGUUGUCUCAGAUGUAUUUGUAGGUUGGUUGUACAUGGUUUAUGUAUUGUUUAUGUCCUUUGGACAAAAAGAUAGUGAAUUGUUGUUGUUUGCUCCUAUGGAUAUAGGUAUUGCUGAAUCACGUAA